UGCUUGUGUGUCUAUAUCUAUAUAAAUCAUAUAGAUAGAUGGAUCUUUCUUGGUGUAUUAUCUGUGAUACGCGUGUGGAUGAUGGUUUGACAGACUCAUUGUAUUGCUCAGCCAAGUGCAUGGCCCGAGACCAGCCAGCAGCACAACCCACAACAGCAUCAGCAACAGUCAUAACAGCAGUACCAGCACCAUCAGCAGCAGUUACAGCAGCACAACGCCUUCAUUCUCGAACAUUCAAGCCAUUUGGAAACAGUUCUAGCAACAACGGCAACACCAGCAGCAGCAGCAGCAAUAAUAAUCUGCGUUUCAAAAGACCUGUUGGCCAAGCACUGACCUCCUCCACCUGGAUCCCGUUGUAUCGCCGCCGUCGCAGUGUCAUUCGCCGAUACUGGCCAAUAACCACAGGCCAAAGCUCGGUGCUUGUAUCUCAAGAUUGCAAUUCUCAUUCUCCUCUCUUAUCUUGUCUUGAGAAAUAACCAAUAUAUAUAUAUAUAUAUCUAUAGAUGUGGUCGAAAUUCCAUUCAAUCAUAUCUUUCUCUAUAGACAAGUAUGAAAAAUGAAAGAAGAAAGUAAAAGAAAGACAAGUACCCACCUUCUUCUUCUUUAUCUAUUCCACACAUUCAUUUAUUCAUUUAUUCAUGUAUUCAUUCAUUCAUUCAUUUAUUCGUUUAGUUCAACUUGACCUGGCUUGGCUUGGCUUGGCUUAGCUUAGCUUAGCUUAACUCGGUCUUUUGUUAUCGCUUAUCUCU